CCGUAAUUCAAAUAAUAGUUAGGCAACUGAUCAACUAGUGUUAUUGGGUAUUUAAAGAACUUUUAUCAUAAAAGAAAUAAAGUAUGAGCUUUUUGUUUAAUUGCUCGGUUUAUGCAUAUAACGGAACGUUAUAUGUCAUCGAUCGGCAACAUCGAUUGACUGACACACAGUGACAGUGAUCGUUCUGUGCUAACGCUUUCGCUAAGAUUGUUGUUGUGAAUUAUUGUAAUUGUACUAUUUUGGAUUACCUUCUGUUCUUUUGACCUUGGCAUUGAUUUACGGACUGAUAACUAAAGAAUAUUAUUGUCAAGACUUAUCUUUCAUUUAUCCCCUUACCCAUGAUUAUUACCUUAUGAUGGGUACCAUUAUUACUUCGACUCGAUUAGUCAGUGAGUGAAAAAUAGCAGGUAUCUAGUCUCGUCUAACGACUUACUCUUUAGCCGGCACAGCCAGAAAAAUGCCCCAAAAUAGGACUGAACUAAAAACCACUUUUUUGUUCAGUCGUAUUUUUUUUCUAUGAGGCAUCGAAUAAAAUAGCUAUGAGAUCGCCAAUUACCCUCUUUGCUUUCCGCUACUACAUUUUGGGCUUCGCCGCAGUCGGGUAAAAGGUACUUGUUGAUUCUAACCUCAAAAGUAUUAGUGGCGAUAUUUUAAAAAAUCGUGGCUAUUUAUAUAAGAUUUUCAGACGGGAUAGUAUUUACAACAUAAAAACAAACCAUUCUCACUAUAGUUUAUUAAGGGACAUCAAAAAUAAAAGUCAAGUCCAGCUCACAUAAAAAUCUGGCCAUUGUUCUUUAAUCUUUAUAUAUAUAAUUCUUCUGUGAGUGUGUAUGUCACUGAACUUCUCUUAAACGACUGGACCGAUUUUGAUGAAAUUUUUUGUGUGUGUUCAAGGGGAUCUGAGAAUGGUUUAGAUUCACAAUUUUGUCCGCUGGACAACCCCUAUUUUUUUAGGGCGGUACGAAGUUCGCUGGGUCAACUAGUAUUUUAUACUACUUAAAUUGUUUCGAAAAAAGAAUAAUAGCUUAUUAGAAGAAAAAAUGAAAAUGUGCGUUAUGUUUAAAGACUAAUCAUUAUCAAACUAAUGAAUAUUAAUAAAACAAUUUAAGUUUUAUUUUUCGCAAACAAAAAUAAGCUUUAAUACAUAUACCUACUUACGACCUUAGAUGGAACCUGCCCAUCUAAGGAAUUUUAAGCUUACUAUUUUAAAGGUUACAUAAUUUAAACACGCAUGUUUAAAUGUUAAUCUUGCUACAAAAGCACUGCCGAAAUCGUAUAUGAAAAUGCUUAAUUUCUCUGUAGAACGGCUAUAAACGGAUUAAAAAACAAAAUAAUUACGUAUUUUUUACAAAGAUUAGAUAGAAGGUAUGUAGCGAUUAACUAGCAAGAAAUAAACUGUAAUAAACAUAUCAGAUGAUAUCCAUUAAAUAAAUAUUGUACAACAUCCUAUACAUUAUAUUACUAUUCAAAAUAAGUUAGUUGAAGCUUUUGUGUUAAGGGAGAAAAACAACGAUAAAAUAAUUAGUUAGACCAGUGAAAAUAAAAAAUGUUAUAUUUUAUAAGUUGACCCGAUCGGGGAUCGAACCCGAUACCCCGCGAGAUUGCGGGGUUGAUUGAUUACACUGCCUUGCUUUUGCGAUAGAUAUAAAAAUGAUAAAACAAACUCUACAAACGUAUAAUACGUUCACAUAUACAAAAAACCACGGAUGUUAUGAUGCCUUUUCUUAAGCUUUGUUCCCUCCCAAACGUCCCAUGACACUUGAGUGUUAUAAUAGUUAUUCCAUUCAAACGUCUGAGGACACUUGAGUGUCCUCUGUGGGCGGUACGGUUUUUUGCUCAUUAGCACGCUUUUCGACGACCAUCCCGUGUGUUACGGGAUGCGCAACCGCAACGUCCGAAAUGACUUCGGUCAAAUGGAUUCCCUGAGAUGAAGGUUACAAGGGGUUUUCUUUAUCAGCCGACUUUCACUCGUUGACCGGUACACAUCUCCGCUACUUUUAACCCUUUACCUUGUACGACAAGGGAGACAACACCUACAGAAGCAGCACAAAUCGUAGCCCUAUUGCAAGAAGGGCUCAGUCAGCAGGUUGUCACUCGUCGACUCCACAUGAGCGAGUACUGUGUUUCGAAAAUUUAUCGAAGCGCUUUCGGGAGACUGAUGGCUUUAUCCCGAGGCCAAGAUCUGGACGGCGCUGGUGCACAUCAGUGAGGGAUCGUAUCAACCUCUCUCUGAAAUCGACAUUUAUCUGGUGUAGACAUCCAACAGGAGCUCCGAGAUGUUCGUGGAGUAGCAGCCAGCGAAUGGACAGUUCGUCGACGACUCAAGCAAGCGAAUCUGACUCCGAAAAGGCCUGCCACCGGCCCGAAACUCACGGCAGCUCACCGACAAGCACACCUUCAACUUGCUCGCACCCAUCUUGAUUGGGAGGUUGAGCAAUGGAGGCAAGUUCUGUUCUCCAACGAGAGCAGGAUGUAUUUGCGCGGUAGUGACUGCAGAGGAUGGGUCCACAGGUAGGCGGCCUGAGGAGCGAUUUGCGCAAAGCUGUUUCGCUGAAACAGUGGUUUAUGGGGGCGGCUCUUGUAUUAUGUGGGCUGGCAUUUCCUUCGACGGUAAAACCGAGCUUGUUUUCGUGCCUGGCGGGGGACGAGGAGGCGGCAUUACUUCGGACCGGUACAUUUUCGAUAUUCUGCUGGAACAUGUCGUUAACUAUGCGAGAUAUAUCGGUGAUGACUUCUUCAUUAUGCACGAUAACGCUAGUGUGACAACACUGCCCGUGUAACAACUGAAUACCUCGAAGAAGUCGAUAUCGCCACAUUGGACUGGCCAACGCUCAGCUCUGACUUGAAUCCCAUUGAGCACAUGUGGGAUGAACUGAAGAGAAAGGUUCGUUUCAGAACUCCUGCUCCUUCAUGUCUAAAUGAGAGGAGUGAGAAGGUAUCCCACAAGAAUCAAUUCAGAAGCUGAUCAGGUCUAUGAAGAAUCGUCUUCGAGUAAUUGUUAGGGCGACGGGAGGGAAAACAAAGUACAAAACUUAAUUUUAAGGCUAAAUAUUUUUUUAUUUAUUAAUUUUUGUUGUUUUAUUCAUAUAAUAUUUCCAUAUUUCCUUGUUUUCCUAUCUCCUUCACUUAAUCCGGGAUAGCUCCUUAACUACUGGCUCGAUUUGAAUGAAUUUGGUAUCAAAGUAAAGUUGACAGUUGAACCUUUAAAAUUGUGUCAUUUUUAUGCUAAUUACAAGUAAGUGAUUCCAAACUUUUGCUCGUGAGUGUGUUUGUAUUUAUACUGUAUGACACAGCAACCAUAAUGCAGGUAAAAAUUAAUGUAAAUUUAAUCAUUAUGUAAUGAAAAGUGACCUCGUGAAUCAUCUCUGAAGUCAUUUUUCGACUUGACGACUCUGUAAAUAAUAAAACGGGAGAAAAAACGGCCCUUGUUUCUUGCCGGUUCUUCCUUCUCAGUACAAGGUCUCCCGAAGUAGAUUUACGACCCGAUGGCGUAACUUCUAGACAUUCAUGAGCGCUUGUAACAGCCUAAACUGAAUAAAUGGUUUUGACUAUGAUUAGCAACUAACCUUGCUUUAUAUUUGAUAAAACUGGGAGGCUCGUCUGUCUUCAACUUAUAGACCCAUUUACAACGAACUAUCAACGAAUAAUUGAAAAACCAAAGUUUCUAAGUUUCCUGCUCCGAAGCGGCUAACGGUGAACAGACUCAUCUGUUUCACACGCACCUCCAGAUUCUACGACCCUUUCUUAUUCACCCCGUGAUUCUGACUUGCCAAAAUUUUCGAACAUAGUAUUGAUAUUUGUUGCUCCUUCAGAUUCUUGUUGAACAGAAUAUUCGGCUUCGGAUCAAAAGAGCCACUUCCGCUUGCAGACGGCUGUGGUUGCUUGUCACUUGUCACCAAAGUAGUUUCCACGGGUGAAUUACUUAAAAAUAAGGGUAUAUGUAAAUCUUUAGAAAAAACUUAUACAUAUCAUUAUUACAACUAUCUUUUAAAGUACUAAAAUGGUUCUCAAAAAAGGUUAUUUCGCGUGCCUUUACACUUCUCCUGGGACAAAUAUUAUCUCGAAAAUAGUAACUUUCAGCAUUAUCUCAAUAACCGAAUAAAAUGUUCCGAUAUUUUGAAAUCGAGCUUCUCUCUAUAACAGUCUGGAAAAUGGACCAAGGCUCUACACCCAAAUACCUUGAGAUGUUAUAAAUUCGGCUUAGUUCCGUACCACAUUUUAUGAGGAGUUCUGCCGUCGAGGGCGCGAUGAAGAGAUCUAUUUUUAAGAUAAACUGCUGUAUCCAGAGCAUACUCCCAGUAGGCCCGAGGUAACGCAGCAUCUGAUAAAAUACAUCGUGCCUUUUCAACAAGUGUACGAUUUGUACGUUCAGCAACCCCAUUAUGUUGAGGGCUGUAUGAAACAGUAGUCAGUCAUGGGCUAUAAAUUGGUGGUCAGGUAUAACUUUGACUUCUAAAUUGUUUAAUUGCUUUAAAAGAUAUUUUCAUAAGCUUCGAUAGUAUGGACAAUAAGUAGAAGUGGAACAGGUAUACGCUAUUUGGGAAGCUUUUCCGGUGUUGUUUGAGGAUGACUUUUAUUUGUGCUAAAUCAUAUUAAUUUUUGAAAAUUUAAAUAUGACGUAUAUCACGGUUAUAAGCAACUAAGAAAAAUCUAACUACACCUCUGAAACCGUUAAGGCUACUGAGCUUGCCAGACAAAGCUACACUUGAAAAACAACUAUAUCUUUGUCACCAAAGUUGUUAAAAGUCGGAUAAAAAAGACCCCACAAAGAACCGUCACUUGGGGCUCCGCAAUGCCUAUGGUCACCCCUGAGGAAAAUAGAGGUUGUUCUAGAAGAUUUGGAACUAAAAUAUACCGUUGUUUGUGUUAAAUACUACCCAACAUAUUUUCAAAAUAGGUUUUAUGACUAACUAAAUUGUUACUGGAAAGUAGUUUAUCUCGGAGUAUGUAUUGAUAAUAUACCUCUUAUACGUUUUUAUAAUAUGUAUUUGCAAUACAUUUUUAAUAUUUUUUAUACUCAGAUUUUACUCCUUGAUUUUUUCUCACACUUUUACUGGGUUGUCUGGUAGAGAAUGCCUAAUGGCAUUAAGUGCGCAUUUUCGUUAUUUGCAAUAAAGUAUAAAUAAAUAUGUACCUAAAUAAUUUAUUAUGAUUAUGAUUUAAAGUUCGAAACUUCGUGCUGUACUUUCUGACGUGCUAAAGCAAGGCUGCUCAACCCCAGGCCCGCGGGCCACAGUGUAGCCCGCGAAAGAAUUUUGAGUGGCCCUCGCAAGUAUGGUUGAAAAUACGCACCAAAUUCAAAUAUCCCGCCGCGCACAGUACAGCCAGAGCAACAUAUUUGUGACUUGUUGUUACUGCCAACGUCGGCUUUGUCGCCAAAUAUAAGUAAAUUAUUAAAAGACAAACAAUGGCAGAAGUCACAUUGAUUGUAUUAAAAAGUUAAAGAAAUAUAAAUUUGUUUUAUUAUUAGGAAGAUGUAACAGUUUGUAAAAGUCUUUGUAUAAUAUUGACAAUAGCAUUUUUCUUUGCUUUCUUGCCACUUGCGUGUACUUACACAUAGAUAGAUAGAUAGAUUAACACUUUAUUAUAACACCAAAUACAUAAUUACGUAACAUUCACAAACAACAACAACAACAACAUAGUAAAAUCUUUCAAACAACAAAUAUUUUUAUAAUUAUAUGGUUUAAACAACUUGCUGAGUUUCUUGCCCAUUCUUCUCAGAAAAAGGCCUCCUGGCAGCUAGUGAACGGUUGGCAUAAUUUGACAUUCUUAUGAGUAUGUAAAUAUCGAAACUGCAUAAAUAAUUUGACUUUGAAUCAAAAAGUUGAUUUAGAUUUGAGAAGAAACACAGACAUAGGUACUAACUUAAUUAAAAUUUUGUUUCUCUAUUUAAUAAUAAUAAUAUUUAGAAUAAGAUUCUCUUUGUUCCCAAUAAACAAUAAUUCAAUUUUGUAUUCAUAAUAAUUGAGUUUUUAUUGCGCUUGUCCAGAGAGUAACUGAAAAAGGAAAUGUAAGUGGCCCGUCGUUAACGACUAAAUCGUUUUGGCCCGACUCUUCAAAAGGUUGAGCAGCCUUGUGCUAAAGGGUACUUUCUUUAUAAACACAAUAAAACAUAAUUUAAAAAUCUAGAUUUGUGGGAAACUGGUUAGUCAGAUGGUUCAGUAGCUCUUAGACUACAACAGUUUAUUAAUUUUCUCAACUCCCACUAUAUAUAAGUAUACAAUUGACAACAUUCAUUAAAAAGCACGCAGUUUCCAACUAUAAGUCAUAAUCAUAAUAGAUUAUUGAGGUAUCUAUUUACUUAUUUAUUUAUACUUUAUUGCAAAUACCGAAAAUGGAGGACUUAAUGCCAUAAGGCAUUCUCUACCAGACGACCCAGUAAGAGUGUGAGAAAACAUCAAGGAGUAAAAUUAAAAUUUAUUGACAAGUGAACAAAAUAUUGAGGAAGAGCUAUGGCUACAUCGCUAUGAAUAAUGACUGAAGUUUAUCCGUAGUUGAUUAUGCUUUCAGCAAUAAUUACAUCUCUGAUUACCUAUGGUUGCAGAGCACGUAGCACAAGUAAUUAAGGCUAUAUGCAUACUACUGCAUUACACAGUACAAUAUAAUAAUAGGCACCUAUAUUUCGUUCAAUUCCCUUUUUUUAUAAGUCAUCUGGGUUUCUUCGGCAUAGAGUUGAGACACCGGCCGGGAAGCUGCGCAACUAGCUCAGUACGCCUGUACGAGCAACCUUGGUGUUUUGCACAAAUUUCAUCAAACACAGAACAAACAGACUAUCAGUAUAAAAAGAUAACAGCCGUGAGACAGGUAUCAGUCUACAAGCUUCCGCUUAGCCUGUUCAGUAGAAACAUGAGGGCUCUUAUAUUUUUUUAUGUCGCUUUAGCGGCUCUAGCGUACAUCAGCUGUCGGGAAGUGAGCCGUCAAAAACGGGAUGCCGAUUUAGAAGGAGCAGCGAGCGGUCAUGGCGGCGGCGGUAAAUGGGAUAAGGGUGGCGGGCAUGAACACCAUCACGACCAUCACCAUGAUCACGGAGAAAAGGGCCAUAAGGGUUACAAGGGACAUCACCAUCAUGAGCACGGCAAGAAGGGGCACCACCACCACGAGGGCCACAAAGGACAUCACGACGAGCACGGCGGACACAAGAAACAUCACCAUCAUCACGAUGGCCACCAUCAUGAACAUCAUCAUGGCGAGAAAGGGCACAAGGGGCACGGACAUCACGAAGAGGGACAUUACCACAAGGGGCACUCUACCAAGGGACAUCAUGGAGUGCACAAGCACGAUGAAUUCAAGAAGGAGAAGCACUUCCACGAUCAUCAUCAUGAGGGCGGUCACCAUGAGGGCCACGGUGGCCACCACGAGGAGCACGGCCACAAGAAGGGCGGGCACCACCACAAGGGACACCACCACCACGGUCACCACGAGCACCACCACGGCAAGAAGGGCCACCAUGAGAAGGGCGGACACCACCACGACCACAAGGGACACCACGACGAGGGCGGCCACCAUGAGCACCACCACCACCACCACGACCACGGCAAGAAGGGCGGACAUGAGGACCACAAGCACUGGGGUCACAAGAAGGGACACUAACCUACCGAUUUCUGCCUGUCAGUGCUGUUUAAUUAGGCCUUUAUCUAGGUUUAUUUAAUUAAGCUUACGUCGUGUUAGGUAGUUUUAUAAUUGUUAUAUCGACUGUGAUUUGUUAAAUUGUUAAUACAAAAAGAUUAUUGAAAUAUUUUUUGUUUGAGUGUACGCAAGACCCAUUCGAUUAAGAAACAAUAUUGGAAGGAUUUCGACAAAUACAGACGGAAAAACAAAUUUAUUAAUUUCACGUCACGUUUCAACAACAAAGUUACAUAAAUAGUUGGCGGUGCUCCGUUGGUAACGGCUUCCAAUUCUAACCAGAUAAGUUACUCAGCAGCGUUGAGAAACUAGAGCAGUACCCGAGACUGGCCUACAUUUAAGCGCACAACGAAUUAGCCGUGGCUGCAAUCGACCGUUUUCUAUAGAAAACACUUGCAGUCGCACUGAAAUUGAUAACGUUUCUCAACAGAUACCUAGACAAUGCAGCGCGUAAUCGGACCUUUCUUGGCAAUAAUUGAUAUUGAUACGUUUAUUUAUCUUGUUUGCUCUUCAAGUUAACUAUAACUUCGAAGAUUAAAAUUUUCUUUGAGUAUUCCCUUGUUUUCUAAUUAAUCAUCGCCAUAAGGCAACAGUUACUUAUUGCUUUGUUGUUGUUCAAAAGCAUCUUUUACUUUUCGAAGAUAAGGAUGUUAUUAAAUAGUUUCAGUUAUGUUUUAUGUAUCAAGUUUUUUUGACAAUUACUGAAUUCGAAUUUCGAAAAUAAAGAGGUGGUCGAAAAAAAGUUUACGGACUUAUCAACCCGACCAACUAACGAAUUAAAAAGGAACACUAUGAUUAAUGCUGGUAGCUACGAUGUGUGCGCAAGAUGACACUGAUGACACCACCCUACUCUUUUAAAAAACCUACUUGGCGCGGCCAGAUUUUGGGAUGAUGACUUUUUUGUGUCGGCACAAACUGGUGCUACAGAGCAACAUCACAAUACUCGUCGUGGAAGUUCGCUGUAACCUGAAUCCUUAGCCUGAAUCGAAAGAACUAGAUUGAUACCGUGAUCAAAAUAGCUUCACGAAAAGCUCGGAGUCUUGAUAACGAUGCAGCGUUUUUUCACGGUUGAUCAACUUGCUUUUUGUGCAAGACGUAAGUCCUGUGACGAAUAUUGGUAAAUAAUAAUAAAACAUAUUUCCAACCCUAACACCAAAUUAGCCUAGCCCCAAAGUAAG